CCCACCUCAAACAUCGAAGAUGGAGAGGGGACGCAUAUGUACAGACAUUGUCCCAGUGAUAUAAUUGGAUUUUAAGCAGUUUCCUCGAUUCAUUUGGCUUGUGAUUUUCCGUCGCUUUCCAUAGCUCCAUCACCUCGCCGGCUUGCGGCGGACGUCUCUCUCUUCCUCACACACUCUUUCUUCCUUGAAUUACCUUCUCUCUCUAAGUUUCAGUGCUCUCUCUCCCCUGUUGAGUUGUGCUCUCAUUUGUUCUUACAUUUCAAGUGGGGGUGCUCUCGCUCUUGAGCUUUUCUCUCUCUAACGGGGGGAAAGGCAAUGGAAAAUGGCAUGUGUAAGGGAGAACUUGAGCAAUGGAAUUUCACUCCAAACAAAGAGCUUCUCAAAAGUUCAGAGAACAGCGUAAGGAGUUUUCUUCACAUGUUGAUUUCUAAUUUGCCAAAUCCUAUCCAUAACCUAACUCAAGAUGAAGGAGAGAGCACCAGGCCUGUGAUUCCUCUGGGCCAUGGCGACCCCUCGAACUUCCCCUGUUUUCGCACCACACCUGUUGCUGAAGACUGUCUCAUCGAUUCGAUUCGCUCUGCUAAAUACAACUGCUAUCCACCGUGCACUGGGAUGCUACCUGCAAGAAAAAUGGAUGCUUUUUGUUCUCAGUUUUCCUCCCGUGGGAACAGAAGACAUGGAUUUUAUGGUGGAAAUUUGUUCCAUGCGACGGGGGACGCAUUUCUGCAUUUGCAUCCUCCGAGAGCGGUGGCCAAUUAUCUAUCUACCGAUCUUCCUUAUGAACUCACUGCGGAGGACGUUUUCCUUUCAAAUGGUUGCACGCAGGCGGUGGAGAUCAUGAUGGCGGUGCUGGCCAGUCCAGGCGCCAAUGUUUUGCUGCCUUGCCCCGCCUACCCCUUGUAUGAGGGCCGUGCUAUUUGUAGUGGUAUCGAGGCUCGGUAUUUUCACCUUCUCCCAGAGAACGGUUGGGAGGUUGAUCUUGACAAUGUGGAGGCUAUUGCAGACUCGAAUACAGUAGCGAUGCUCCUUGCCAAUCCUGCUAAUCCCUGUGGAAACGUCUUCUCUUAUGAGCAUCUGUCCAAGGUGAAACUUUCCUUCUCCUUUUAGUCCACUCUCUCUUUC